AGUCGGAACUGCGAAUAAUCUUCAUCACAUUAUUCGUACUGUCGGUCGAGCGGCGUCCUGCUUGUGGUCUGCUGGCAAGGUUAUGUUUAUGCUUGAUUUUGUGCCACCACCGAGACGAAUUUAGAGGCAUGGCAUGUUUAGUCAGCAGAAUUACGUGCGCCAGCAGAGCAGGUCGUUGCUGCUUAUUUAAAUCUGCCUCGUCACUAUCUUUCAAGCUGUUGUUAGAUCUGAGGCAUCAUUCCAACUAUACUGAGGAAACUGCUCUGCGGCUGCAGGAGCUUGGUGUCAGCCCAAAUGAUAUUAUUAAGAACCCACACGUUUCCAUUUUGCCCUUCAAUUAUAUAGAACACCGUCUGAAUUUUUGUGCUGAGGGAGGCCUUAAGACAAGUCUUACAACAGUAACUAAUUUUGAUUUAAUUGUCAAGACUACCAUACCAGUUUUAAAAGAGGCAGAAAUUUUAUCAAGUGAUGUCAAUGUAAUUGACACCUUAAUGGCAAGUAUAAAUUUUGAUGGUCCAUAUCCAUCACAUGUGGACCCAGACGGCACCUACCAGCUGGUUCAUUUUCAAACUCUUAGUCAUUGUAUGCAGUCCUCAUUUGGUUAUGCUUUCCCUCCUUGGCAUCGGUAUAGGCAUGCCUGUCUGAAGUUUGCUCUUAGGAACAUUGAACUUUUUAAGAGCCUUGGUUUAGGUUGGCGAUGGAUUCGUAACCAUCCAUCACUUCUUUGCUUUGCAAACCCUUAUAAUUUAAAACAACUGUGUGACUUUGAAAAGAUGUAUGAUUUGCCAGUCAGCUUAACUCAUCUUCUACGUAAGGAUCCUAAUGUAGCCUUUGUUGACCAUGAAGAUUAUAAGGCAAUUUUCUUCAUCCUAAUGAAUAGGCAAGUUUGCAAGCAUGAUAUAAUCAACACAAAGGAAACUGGACACUUUUUAGUUGAUCCGGAUGUUUUAGAGGCAACAUUUCAGAAAGUUUUAGUGCCCUCAACAAGUUUAGAUAUAAAUAUUUUGUCAUUGCUUUAUAAAUCAAAAUAUCUCAAAGAUAGUUCAAAAGAUAAAUCUUGGAACUAUUUGCAACAUCUCAUAAAGAAAAGAAAGAAUCCUUUCAUCAAAGUUUCUACGGAAACCGUUGAACCAUGGCGGCAGGAAAUGAAACAGUGGUUUCUCAACAAAAAAAUUCAGCUGGAAUAUAAACCAUGUAGACAUGACCCUUAUGUUACCAGUAAUGAUGUUGAUGAAGAAGAUGAUGAUGAAGAGGACAUAAAGAAAGAAGAGAGCCUACGUGGUAGAAAACGUGGCAGAUUAGCAAGUUUUGUGGCAAUCUCACUUGAUUUAGAACAAGACUUUGCUGAAAGUGAACUUAACCGUGUGCCUUGGGGAAGCAAAGAAUCUACGAUAAGAGCUUCAAGAACUUUAAAAUUUCUACAGGAUUCAGGCUUUACGGUUGAAGAAAUUAGACAAGUAAUACAGCUUCUCAUUUACCCCAGGAAUGAUGUGCAAAAGGCAUUAAGGCAUGUCUUGUCUGACAAAAAGUAUGGGUCAUCAAAGUACCGCAGCAGACAUCUUCACUUAUGUUUGUACCACAUUCUUAUGAAAUACAACUAUAGAAUUUACCAACCGUCGUCGACCUCUUGAUGUGAAGAAUGAAAUAAAAAUGUGUUCGUCCACCGA